AUGGCUCAAAGCGCACACACUCGCGUGGAGGCUGCACUGGGAGUCCAGGGAGUUGGAGAGCCGGCAGGGUCGCCUUGGGGUUUUGAGACGUCUCAAAGCGCGCACACUCGUGUGGAGGCAGCUCUGGGAGUCCAAGGAGUUGGAGAAGCAGCAGGGCCGCCUUGGCCUCCUGACAGCCUUCAUCGCUCUGCUCGUUUCCAGGCUGAUGGGCAACAAGGAGAGCCGUCUCAGCAGCAUGUGCAGCCGGUGAACGAUGGGCGGCUGUUAAGGCGUGAGGGGGUGCUUCAGCUGUGCCGCUUGCUGCUGCUUGCAGCGUGGGCGGCGGCGUGCAUUGCCGGUGCAUGGGGGCUGGCUGGGGACCACCGCGACCUCAGAGACUGUGCAGACAUCUUGGCAGCAGGAGUGGCUCUCACGCCCACCACCCACUCGCCCCCAGAUGCCACCUCCGCGGCCCCCUCCUCCACCUCUGACUCGAAUAACACCUCCCCCAACUCUGCCGCCAGCAGCAGCAGGGUGGGCGAGUGGGGGCACCACCGGCGGUACGAGCGGCGGGCGGGGGAGUGCUGGAGCCGGGCGGAGCUGCCUUGCUACGCGGGCAUCAACAGGCGCACGCGGGCAGGCCUUUUCCAAGAGCAACAACAUAGCAAAGAAAACACAGACGGAUUUUCCUCUGAGACAGCUGGGCAGAACGAACAGCAGCAGCAUGGGAUGUCGGAGCAGCUGCAGGUGAAGCUACGGCAGUACCACACCUACCGCCGCCAGUGCCUCCACCGCGAGCCGCUCGGCCUCCUGCGCUCCACCCUGCUGGCCGGCAAGCCCACCGCGUGCCGCUACCUCAUCUACUACCACUCCUCCGACGGCCAGGGCAACCGCCUUCUCUCCCUCGUUUCUUCCUUUGCCUACGCGCUGCUGACUGAUCGGGUCUUCCUGCUGAGCUCCAAGAGUGGCCCCGCUGCUGUGCUGUGUGAGCCGUUUGAGCAUGGCGAGUCGUGGGUGCUGUUUGGGCGAGAGGAGCAGUUGGAGGAGCAUCAUGCGCAGGUGCUCGGGCUCAAGGUGGCGAGGGAGUGGCGGGACGUGAGGGAGGGGAGGGAGAAGAAGGGGAAGAAGGGAGGUGGGCGGAGGAGGCUGGUGGAAGGUUUGUUGCAACGGCAAGAACAGUGGUUAGGGGAGUUGGGAGGGGAGCGACGUUUGCUGCAAAACAUAAGUCCAAACACGCCAGCACCACCAUCACCACCAACAGCAGCAGCAGCACUACCACCACCACCAUCAACAGCGCUGCCACCACUACCACCACCACCGCCAUUAGCAGCAACAGUUUCUACACCUUUAAUGUUUCCUCCCUCAAUGCCCCCAUCACUUCAAUCCCCACCCGUACCUCCCCCUCCCCCUCCACCCCCUACCCUACCGAUUCUUCGCAUGCCAAUUCCACCACUGCCAACCACUGCGCUGCCACCACCACCACCACCACCAACGCCACCACCAGCAGAGGCAGCUGCAGCAGCACGCCCCCCACCCCCUGCAGCGCCACCACCCCCUCCCCCAACCCCACCCCCAUCCUUUCCUCCUCUGCCUUCCCCCCCACCAUCUGAAACGCCAGCAGAAGGAGAGGACCAAGUACCACCAAUCAGCAGCAGCAGCAGCAGCAGCAGUGGUGGCAGAGGCGGUGACGGCAGUGGGGAUGACUAUGGGUUAGAGGAGCUAUCAGGGAAUGUGACAGAGGUGAUGGUGGCGUCCCUGAACGCUGCUCUGGUGCAUGACCUCUCAGAGGCAGUGACAGGCAACAUGAGUGCAGUGCGAGUGAGUGUGGGGCAUGACGUCACACAUGCUGCCAUGGGUGUUAAGUUACCGCCCAUCAACACCACCUCUGCUGCUUCUCCUGCUCUUGCAUCUCCCACUGCUGCUCCUGCGCCCACGUCUCCAGAUGCAGCCAACAGCAGCAGCAGCAGUGGCGCAUCAGACGCCCACGUGCACAUAGUCCGGCUGACGAUCGACGAGAAGCAGAACAACGGCGACAAGGCCGGAGUGGACAGGGCGAUUGUGGACAUCUACACGCUCGCGCUCUUCUCCGACGCCCUCGUCAUCUCCGAGGUCUCCACCUUCGGCUACCUCUGCGCCUCGCUCUUCGGCGUGCCCCACACCAUGUUCGUCAGUGCCACGUGCAAGCGAGCACCGCCCGAGCCGUGCCUGCACUUCCCACCAGGGAACGAGCGCUGCCCGGAUGGGCAGGCGCAGGUGCUGGAGCAGGUGUUGGCUCAAGACCCGCAUGUGCCUCUCAUGCAUUGCAUGGAUGUGAGCAAUGGGCUCACGUUGAAGCCGCUGGAAGGUUGGGAAUAUGGCUCCCGAGUAGGGUAG